AAAUGUAUUGGUAAAAAAAAAAUACAAUUUAAGUUGUUUACCCCAUAGAGUGGAUUACCCUGGUUGCUUUGUGUGGGGGAAAAAACGUACAAAUGUCAUCGUUAAGAAGUUUGAUGAUUGAAUUUUUGAAUUAUUUUUCGGAAUUGUUGUGGUUUUUCAAGGAGAACAAUGUUUUGGUAUCCUACAGUUUUGAAUAUGCCAUUGCAACAGAUGCAUGGGAGAAGGAAAAAGAAGAGAAAGUGUUUUUGAAACUUACUUCUUUAAAAGUGGAUCUUAAGAGUUUUCUUAUUCGCUGGAGGCAAGUUAAUAUCAUUACUUUGAAAAGUGAGCUUGAAGAUGUGAGUGCAGUGGAAUUAUUGCCAGAACUUGUUGAGAAAGAUGAUUUUUUCACUACAAGAGAUGAUGGAAAUAACGUUCAGAAUGAGGUAACAUUGCUUCCAGAGUUGGGCAAAGCCAGUUAUUUUACAACAGAUGAUAAUUGUGAUGAAGAAAAAGUGGAAAUAUUAUCGGAACUGGUUCAGAAAACCAAUAUAUUUUCUGCCAAAAAGAUUGAUAGCUGUGUUGGGAGCAGCACAGAAAUGCUUCCUGAGAUAUUGGUCAAAGAUAGCUAUUUCACAGUCGAAGAACAGGGAAAGUCAGUCGGACAAGUUGAGUUAUUGUCUGAAAUGGGAAAUAAUCACUACUAUGAACUCAAGACUAAUGAAAAAACAGUCGAGGAAGGAGUUGCAGUUCUCUCUGAAUUUGUUGAAAAAAGUGGGUAUUUCACACAUAAAAAAGCUGAAAAAUGUAGGAAUAAGCAUCUGGAGUUGCUGCCAUCUUUUGUGGACAAAAACAGUUACUUUGAAACUACCACAGGAAGUAAAAAUGUCGAAGUAGAUGUCGAAUUAAUGCCAGAUUUAAAUAAAGAUGUUCUCUAUUUUCAAGCCAAAGAAAGCAAAGAAAAUGUCGAACUACUGUCAGAUCUAGUAAGUGGGGACAGUUAUUUUGUAAAUAAAGAGAGAGUAGAAAUAGUUGAAGAAACAGCUGCAUUAAUUCCAAACAUAAUAAAUAAAGACGGCUACUUCACACCCAGUGAUGAUGACAAGUGUAAGGGACAGAUGUUGCUUCAGCAAGACCUGCCCGAGGCCUUGAAAGAAAACAAGAACGACUGGUUCGACUUCAAUGACUGCAGCAGCACAACUUACACGGCCGAGGAAGACAAGCCAGCGUCUGUCAGCUCAGAGCCAAAGUCAACUAGUAGCAAAGUGGUGCAAAGUUUGGAGCUUAGAAAUAACAUUCAAAGAAGUGAAACACCAAUCGGAACUAAGCCGGAUGGGGGUGAAAAGCAAUCAUAUUUGUGUUCAACAUGUGAUAAAUCAUUCAAGAGUAAAUCUGCCCGUAACCGCCACAGCAAAUCUCAUACAGGAGGAAAAGAAUUUCUUUGCAACUAUUGCGACAAAAUAUUUGCUUCAAGAACAAGUCUAGAGUCUCAUCUGGUUCGGCAACACAAUGUGAAUUUGGAUUCUGCAACACCAUGCCCCGAAUGUGGAAAGCUGUUUGUGAAGAAGAAUGCAUUGGAAGUUCACCUCCUGAAGCAUAAAAAGAAGUCCUUCCUGUGUGAAAUCUGUGGGAAAACUUUCACGCAAAAAAUAUCUCGUGAUAUUCACCUUGUGAAGCACUCAGGCAAGUACGACUACAAGUGCGAGCUGUGCCAGAGAGGGUUCCCUCGCCAGUUCCUGCUGAACGCACACAUGCACCAGCACGAGGCUCCGCGGUUCAGCUGCGGCGUGUGCGGCAAGCAGUUCCACCGCAAGGACGUCCUGAAGACCCACGCGGCCGUCCACGGGGACCACAAGCAGCACCGGUGCUCGCGGUGCCCCAGAGCGUUCUACUCCAGCUCCAGCCUCGCCCAGCAUGAGAAGGCGCACAGCGACGGCCCCUACAAGUGCGAGGUGUGUGGGGCCGUGUUCAGGCACGUGUCGGGCCUCAAGGUGCACGCGAGGCGGCACGGGUCCGGCGGGGGGGAGGCCUGUGCCAGCCCCCGGCGGAGGGGCAGGAGGGCCCCGGGGCAGGCGUCGGGCGAGAAGCACCUCUGCUCGGUGUGCGGCCACGAGUUCCGGAAGAGCGACAGCCUGAGGAGGCACGAGCAGUCCCACCGCGCGCCGGGCAGCGAGCGGGGCCCGUCACACUGCUGCCACCUGUGCGACAAGAAGUUCACCCAGAAGAGCAGCCUCAACCUCCACCUCAGGACCCACUUGCAGGAACCGUCUUUUGCGUGUGAACUCUGUGGGCGCUCCUUCCACCGCAAGGAUGUGUACGACAGGCACAUGCUGACCCACUCGGGCCAGCGGCCGUUCAGCUGCGCGCACUGCGGGAAGGCGUUCACGUUCAAGUCCAACCUGAGCGCCCACCUCGCCACCCACCCGGGGCUCUCCCCGAAGAAGGAGCUGUGCUGCAACGACUGCGGCAAGCUGUUCAAACACAAGAGCUCCUUCAACUUGCACAGAAAGUCCCACCUGGGCCAGUUCACGCACACGUGCGACACGUGCGGGAAGAAGUUCAUGAAGCGGAGCCACUACGAGAGCCACGCUCGCAGCCACCGGACGGACCGGCCGUUCGUGUGCUCGACCUGCGGCAAGGGCUACAAGGAGCGCAAGCACUGCCGCCAGCACGCCAGGAAGAUGCACCCCAACGAGUUCAACCUGGAGGCCCUGAUCGCCUCGAUCGCCUGCGAGGACGAGAUGCUGUGCUCGGAGCCGGCGCCCGACAAGCCGGGCAUGUUCUCGCCCCCAGCCUCCUUCCCCAACCUGGAGCCCCUGCUGCCCUUCAUGGACGACGGCCUGCAGGCGCCCCUGGCAGUGCUGUCCGGCGAGGACACCACGUCAGUGCUGUCCCAGAGGCUCGAGCAGUGACCGCCCAGCACCUGCAGCUUGAGCUCUGCCAGAUCGGUCCUUCCUUCUUCCAGGUCUGGUGUUUUACCCUCUUGUGAAUUCACCACUCGUGUACUUUUUUUUUUUUUCUGUUUAUGAACAUCGUACAUUGAAUUGUCCUUUUAAUGUCACCCUCAUAAACAUACAUUUGAUAUAACGUAUAAAAAAAAGUCGGUCCCUUGAAUUGCAUGCCUACAUCAGGUAUCAUAUACCUAAUGUAGGGAUUUUUGAUCAAUACCCAUAUUACCCUUAUGAAACAUGCAUAUGUAUAUAGGUAGGUAUGUCUCAUUAGAACAAUUCAUCAACUUUAUUUAAUAAAUAGAUGUAACAACAGAAAUGCAAGCUCUAUUCACAUUUGAAAUGAAACUAAAAUCAUAAAAUUAAUACCGUAUUGGUCCGAAUAUAAGGCGACCAUUUUUACAUAAACGAGAGAUGCAAAAAUUGGAAGUCGCCUUAUUUUCGCACCCAAGACGCCAGAACCGCAAACAUUAGUUCCAAGCUGAAAGCUACAGUAGAAACAUUGUUUAACAAAACGUUCACGAUUUUUUAUAUUAACUAAAACUUUGUUACCUCACACGGAGAAAAACGAUAAAUCCACCUAAUAUUGCAGUAAUUCACAAUUGUUUGAAGUUGAAAAUUAAAAUAUUUGUUAUUGAGUAAAAACGUGAAUGUUGAAGCAUCUCAAAAUGGCAACCUUUUAUUUCACAAUUCAUAUUUGUACUUUGUGUACAACCGCGUGUUAAUAUUUACGGUAAUUUAUCUUCAGAUUUUUAACGGAAAUAUUUGUACUAAAAUAUCACAGUUAUUUUCAGAACGAUUGUUUACGUUUACAAACAUUUCGGAUGUAAUGUAUGGAAAUUCACGGCUGCCAACUGUCUUUCCACAAUAUUUCUUUGUUGUAAAACGAACAUUGCCGAACACGCACGAAGACGCCAUAUUAACAGGAAUUUGGUACGUUGCUUCAAAAGCUAUUUUAAUAAUCCACUCCUUAUUUAUGUAAAAACCUUUCAUAAUUAUAAUAGAUUAUUCUUUCAAAUUCAUAGAACAGACUCUCUCUGUCAGAGAGUAAUAUGGACAAAUAUACGCGGUCACGUAACCGAAGUUAUUCUUGGCCGUAUGCUUCAUCAUGUCAGCUAGCCACUUGUUUUGUUCCGGCAAGAUGCAUUCUUUGUUUGCUUUUUUUACGUUUAACACACUACAAAAUAGUAAUACGCCUUGUUCUGUGGUAAUACGUAGCUUAAGUCAAACGGAAAGUUAAUUGCUGUAUUUUAAGAGUGAUUAAUAGCCAUUGUAAAAAUUUUAAAUUCGUAGAUACAGUAAACUGUGAAAAAUGAACAAUCACACAUCAGUGGAAUGGCGGGGAACGAGGUCUAGACAAAUAAACAGCUCUGAAGAUGACAAUUAUGCAGCUUCAUUAGAGUAAACAUACGAAAAAAUUUAUAGUGUAAUACUUAAAAAUGUAAAUAUUUUCUAAUUGUUUUCUUUUGACUUUUAGGGUAGGCCAUUCAAACUUAUUUUAAAUAAGUAAUGUGAUAAAUAUAAAUUAAUUGUUAUACAUAAAUUCAAAAACGAUUUAUCAACACAAAAUGUAUGUCUAAUGAAUUUUCACAUUAAUUUCUACCAAAAAUUACUUUUACAUUUGUUUGGCCUCCUGAAACUGCAGGUCGCCUUAUAUUCGGGGUCGCCUUAUAUUCGGGCCAAUACGGUAUAUCUUUGGUUAAGCAUGAAGUUUGUACGAAAUUGUGUAAGGGAUGAAAUAUUACUUUGUUUGAUUGUGCACUUGUUUUUAUAACUGAGGUUGGUAUUUUUUUCAAACAAGAAACACCUGUCAAUUUUGUAUUCCAUCAGUUCCUUUAGGUUUCAUCUUUGCAAUGAUUUUUCCCCGGAACCUGAAACCUUGGGUUAGAGUUUGGUGUUGUAAUCAGUGUCGUAGGGGGCCUACGGAGGAAGCAAUAAGCAGUGUUAUGAGUGUGCUUGUAUGCAGGUAUUAUUUAUGUUUGUUUUAUUAAAUUGCUUGAAAACCA